AUGUCCCCGCCUUCACAUAAUGUUAGACUUCACCGAGAACAUACCGAUACCAUCGAGGAGGCUGCGGCAGUCAUUGCUGAUGAAGCACUUUUCAGUGAUAAUGAUGCAGACACAAAAGAUCAAAACUUUGGAUCGGAAAGACUGGCUGGCCAACAACAACCUCAAGAUGAAGCUAGUGCUCUAGCUGGUUUGACCGAAACUGUUCGCAAUCAAGAUGACCUUGAGCGAGAUAUUACAAACCAAGCCAAUCUGGCUAUGAUUGAGCAGGAAGAUCAGCGAGAUCAGAAGCGCAUUGAAAAAGUUAAGAAUAGUAUUGAGAAACUCGAGAAUCAGAAACACAGCCAAGAACGUCGCCUCAACACCCUUUCGAAUAACCCAUUGAUGCGCCAGCGAUGCGUGGACGAGAUCUCAAGAAUUGAAGCCGAAGUUUUUGCGUUCAAGAAUGAUAUUGCCGAUAUACAAAAACGAAUCGACGAAAGACAUCAGUACAAUGAGAACCAUGCAGAAGCCGAUGUUGCUGGUGGAAGUAGACGUAUGCCCAACGAGAGCCAAAGGGAAUUCCUGAUCCGUACAGGCAAAAUUACACCUUUCCAACAAACUUCGGAUGCAGCUACCGACCAUGUUCAAUCUGCGCUUACCGAUGCGUUAAUGGAUGCAGAAGGAAAGGAUAUCAACGAGUCAGGUGCCGAAGCAGAGCCUAGAUCACAUCAGAACCUUCGUCUACCAGGUUUCGCGGAUGUCACAGAUACUACAGUCAGUACAACCGAGAGUGAAUUUGGUCUGCGUCCUCGGAAAAAGAGAAGACUCGUCAAUGGUGCAUCCACAGAUAUGUCUCCUGCUCGUUCAUCUACAGCAGAUGAUACUUUUUCCCCUGAACUUUUAGCCGAAGGAGAGGAGGAAUUGAUUGAAGAUGAUGAUUAUGAUGAGGAAGAUGAGAAUGAUGCUCUUAUGACAGCCCGUACUUCAACGAGGAAGAGAUCAAAGCCUGUCAAGGCUCGAAAAGACGAGGCGCAAAGCUUGGCUGGCAUUGAUGAUGGAAACGAGGACAUGUAUCAAGCACGUCUGGCAAAUUGGGUAGAAAAACGAAGGGCUGCACGACGACUACAUUUAGAACACAACCCUGAAAGCGAGGAUGAUGCAGCUGCAGAAAUUUCUGAGGAGGAGGAAUGGUUCAAGCCAUGCCCAGGACAACCCGAUCACCGGUUUGAGAAUGGCCUGAAACUACCUGGCGAUAUUUUCCCUGCACUCUUCGACUACCAGAAGACCGGUGUUCAGUGGUUGUCAGAACUUUACAAUCAACAAGUUGGAGGAAUUAUUGGAGAUGAGAUGGGCCUUGGCAAGACCAUACAGAUCAUAUCAUUUUUGGCUGGUCUGCAUUACAGUAAAAAGCUUACAAAGCCUAUUAUUGUUGUUGCUCCUGCCACUGUCCUUCGCCAAUGGGUCAACGAGUUUCAUCGGUGGUGGCCAGCUCUUAGAGUUUCAAUCUUGCAUAGUUCUGGAACCGGCAUGCUCAACGUUAGAAACGAAGGUAGGUUAGAGGACGAAGAGGAUGACAUUAUUUAUGGCCAAACAACUAAAAAAGCUCCCAAGUCGCAAAAGCUGGCUCAGAAAAUUGUCGACCGUGUUGUCAAGCAUGGCCACGUAUUGGUAACUACAUAUGCUGGACUUCAGACUUAUAGCGAUACUCUCAUCAAUGUUGACUGGGAUUACGCUGUAUUAGAUGAGGGACACAAAAUUCGAAAUCCUAACACUGCUGUCACUAUCUACUGCAAAGAACUACGAACACCCAACCGAGUCAUUCUUUCGGGUACUCCUAUGCAGAAUGGGUUGAUAGAGUUGUGGUCACUCUUUGAUUUCGUCUUUCCUAUGCGCUUAGGCACUCUAGUUAACUUUCGACAAUCAUUUGAAGUACCUAUCAAAAUUGGAGGUUAUGCCAACGCCACCAAUCUACAAGUUCUGACGGCAACUAAAUGUGCUGAGACUUUGAAAGAUGCAAUCAGUCCAUACUUACUUCAACGAUUGAAGGUUGAUGUUGCGGCAGAUUUACCAAAAAAGAGCGAGCAAGUCUUAUUCUGCAAGCUUACCAGGCCUCAAAGAGAUGCAUAUGAAAUGUUUCUCGCAUCUGAUGAGAUGAAGUCAAUCUUGAACCGUACUCGUCAAUCACUUUAUGGUAUUGACAUUCUGCGGAAGAUCUGCAAUCAUCCAGAUCUUCUGGACAAACGAUUGAAGACCAAACCCAAUUACAAAUGGGGUAAUGGAAACAAGUCGGGCAAAAUGCAAGUCGUAAAAGCCCUUCUACAAAUGUGGAAGGGUUAUGGACAUAAGACUCUUCUCUUUAGUCAAGGUGUCCAAAUGCUUGAUAUACUUGAGGAAUUUGUCAAGAAACUCGGUGGAUUCAAUUAUCUUCGUAUGGAUGGUGGCACAGCAAUCAAGGAUAGACAAACUCUGGUCGAUCAGUUCAACAAUGAUCCUAAUAUGCAUGUCUUCCUUCUUACGACUAAAGUUGGCGGCCUUGGCGUUAAUCUCACUGGCGCAAACAGAGUAAUUAUCUUUGAUCCUGAUUGGAAUCCAUCCACAGAUGUACAAGCUCGUGAACGUGCAUGGCGUCUUGGUCAAAAGAAGGAGGUCACUAUAUACCGACUUAUGACUGCCGGUACGAUUGAAGAGAAGAUUUACCAUCGACAAAUUUUCAAGCAAUUCCUUACCAACAAGAUUCUCAAAGACCCAAAGCAGCGACAAACUUUUGCUAUGAAGGAUCUUUAUGACCUUUUUACCCUUGGUGAUCAGGAUUGUGGAACUACUGAGACUGGUGAAAUGUUCAAAGGCACAGAGGUUCAAUUCAGCAAGACUUCCAGUCCCUCAACCUCUCGUAGUUUGUCCGUCGAUCCAGGUCAAGGUGAUUCGGAAUCCGAUCUUCGAAACCUUGCUGGAGUUGCUGAGCUUGAGCAAUUCAAUGAUCCUUCCGAGGAGAAGGAGAAAGAUAACGAAGAAUCCAGAUUAAUGGAAGGUAUCUUUGCUCGUUCCGGAGUUCAUAGUGCUCUUGAACAUGAUCAAAUUAUCAACGGAAAGAGAAAGGUUGCAGCUGAUCGUGGAAUGAUUGAACGUGAAGCCAAGAGAAUUGCCGCUGAAUCUGCUACCGCACUGAGGCGUGCUGGAGAAGCAGCAAGGAGUAUUACACCUGGAACAGUUACUUGGACUGGAGAAUAUGGAUCUGCGGGUAGACCAAUUAAUGUUCGAAGAGGUGCAGGUCCAAGUUCAUCAAGUGUUUUAUCGAGUCUUUCAAACAGACAAGGUAUUGCACAACCUUUCUAG